GACCAAUCAGGGACCAAUGAUAUUGACCCACUACUGUGCCAAAGAGAUUGCCGAUGUCGAGAAAUUGUUCCAGUCGAAAUUGAAGUGAUUUUAGUAUUAUUUUUUUGCAAAAACUGAGGAAACUGAGGAUCUUUAGUGCAAAAAAUUUGACGAGAUGUUCGCGAAACUGCUCAACUGUCAAGGGGCGACUGUGCGGGCAAUUUGGCACCAACAUGCUGGCCUAAAAACAUCUUCUUUACGAUUUGAACGAACCACACACAACCCAACCACUGCGUCCACAAAUGCAGCAGCUGGUCUCGGAUCUUUGACGGCUGGUGCAGCAGAAACAGCCAGCCCUAGUCCUUUGCAGCCGACGCCUCCGAUCGCCUUUCCACCGCCGUCGCCUAUUCAGGGAAAACCUGAACUCAUCCCCGGCAUCGCCCUUACCGAGUUUGAAGAAAGGCGAUAUCGUUUACUGGAUUUGAUCAGAUCUGCCAGCGAUGUCAGGAGCAAGGACAGCAUCAACUAUAUUGUGGUUUUGGCCUCAUCCGCGAUGAAAUUCUCGGCCGACCGCACUCCGUACAGUUUCCGCCAAAACACGGAUUUCUUAUACAUGACUGGAUGUCAGGAACCGGAUUGUGCUCUGGUUAUUCUGAUGCUUUCUGGACGUAUGCGAAGUAUUAUGUUCCUGCAACCCAAAGAUCAGCCGAUACCACAAUGGGGCGGCGUCCAGGCCGGUGUCGAAGGAGCCCCUAUGGCUUAUGGGGUUGACGAGGCUUAUCCCUACUCGCAUAUCACUAGCUACUUGAGCGGUUUAUUGAAAUCCGAGCGUCGUUUUUCGAUGUGGUUCGACGAGCGCGAGUGCGAGCAUCCUGGUACUGCCAAAGUCCUGGACGAGGCCAGACGAAAUCAUUCGACGGCUCUAUUUAGAUCACCAGCUGCUCAUGUCCAGAAGAUGAGGCUGGUUAAAUCUCCGGCUGAAAUUGCCAUCAUCAGACGGGCUUGCGAGAUUACGGGCAAGGCAUUUAAUAACACUAUUGCAGCCAGCAGACCAGGUAUGAAUGAGCGUGCAAUCCACGCCCGAAUUGACGCCGAGUGCCUAAAAUUGGGAGCAAAACGCCUGGCCUAUCCUCCAGUUGUGGCAGGCGGUGCCCGGGCUAAUAGAAUACACUACACGGAUAACAAUAGGCAGAUCGCCAAAGGAGACUUAGUGCUUAUGGACGCAGGCUGCGAGUACAACUCCUUCACCAGCGACAUAACCAGAACCUGGCCCAUUUCUGGUUCCUUCUCUUCGCCCCAGAAAAUCUUAUAUGCAGCAGUGCUUCGGGUGCAGGGUGCUCUUCUAGAAAAUAUGUUAGGAAGCGGCCCACCGACUCUGGACACUUUGUUCAAUAGGAUGUGCGCCUUGUUUGGUGUCGAAUUGAGGAGAAUCGGAUUUAUGAGGAAUGCUACUGCACCAGAAAUCGCCAGGAUGAUACCAGGACUGUGCCCUCAUCAUGUAGCCCAUUAUAUUGGUAUGGACGUCCAGGACACACCAUUGGUACCCAGGAAUAUACCAUUGCAGCCGGGAAUGGUUAUUUCUAUUGAACCAGGUCUCUACAUUCCUUCGAGUCGUACGGAUGUUUCGGAAAUGUACAGAGGCCUCGCCAUUCGUAUCGAGGACGAUGUCUUGAUCACAGAAAACGGUCCUCAAUUAUUAACAGGAACCUGUGUUAAGACUCUCGAAGGAUUAGAGAACCUCAUUGGAAGCGGUUCGUAAAAUAGA